GGUUUUUUCUUCUUCUGCUUUUUUGAUUUCAAAACUAAAUUCCCUCAAUUUCUGUGCGAAUAUUUUUGUUUCUCUCUUCCAAUUUUUUAUUUUUGCAAUUUUGAUAUAGCCGUGAUAAUGGAUUUCGGGCGCAAAAGGGGCAGACCAGACGCCGCCUUCUCUGGGAAUGGAGGCUUCAAAAGGUCGAGAGAAGAAAUGGACUCGUUUACAACUGGUGUAGGAAGCAAAUCAAAGCCUUGCACGAAGUUUUUCAGCACGGCAGGGUGCUCUUUUGGCGAUGCUUGCCAUUUUCAGCAUUAUGUUCCUGGGUACAGUGCUCACACCCAGUUAGCAAACAUGGGUGUUAAGAUUGCUGCGCCUGUUGGAAGGAAUACACCAUCCUUUUCUGAUUCACCGUCCCCGAACAUGAAAACAAAGCUUUGCAACAGGUUAAACACUCCUGAGGGAUGCAGAUAUGGAAACAAAUGCCACUUUGCCCAUAGCGAGAUGGAGCUUGGCAAGCCAGCCACUCCAGGAUUCGAUGAUCAACGAAUGAGAGGUGGGUAUUCCCAACGCCAUGAGUCAUCCCAACAAUCUGUGGGAAACUUUGGCGCAUCAGCAACUGCUAAAAUCAGCAUUGACGCAUCCUUUGCUGGGCCCAUUAUUGGAAAAAAUGGUGCCAACUCAAAGCAGAUUUGCCGGCAGACUGGUGUUAAGCUUUCCAUAAAGGAGCACGAGACAGAUUCGAGUCAGCGGAAUAUUGAGCUUGAAGGAACAUUCGAUCAGAUAAAGGAGGCUAGUUCGAUGGUACGCCAACUCAUUAUGAAUAUCACUGAAUCCUCAUCCGGUCAUCAAGAGAAUCACCAUCAUUCUAUGGGAGGCUCGUAUGGUCAUGGAGGUCCACCAAACAGCAGCAGCCAUUAUAAGAAGAAGAUGUGCGAGAAAUUCCCCAAGGGAUUGUGCACUUUCGGAGAGAGAUGCCAUUUUGCUCAUUCCGCUGCUGAAUUACGGAACUCAUUGGCUUAACCAGUUUGUGUAAUCUGCUUCUUAUUAACUAAUUCACUAGUAUCAUUAGUAUUAGACAUAAAAGCAGAUAAUGAUUUCUCUGUAGUGUGACAUCAAGUUCUGGGUUUGCGUUAAACAUUAUCUUCCCUUCCCCUCAGAUAUAUUUCCAUUGGGUAAAUGGUUUAGGCAUAAUGCAAAUAAUGUCAGAGCGACCUCAUAUUGUAAACAGCCAAAUACUAUGGUUGCUGAAAAUUUACUCUCUUCUUCAGUUGCA